AUGACCCCCCUUUGUCAUGCAGCCUCUGCGGGGCACCUGUACAUCGUGGAGCUCUUGUUGGAUGCUGGAGCAGACGGGAGCUUGACCCCCACCUUCGGGAUGUCUGCGUUGGAGCAUGCGGCUUCCCACGGGCACGCCCAUGUCGUGGACUUGCUGUGUUGUGCUGGCGCGCCUUACGACAGUUGCUUGCUCCAUGCAUCUGAGUGUGGCCACUGGGACAUUGUGCGAAUGCUGGUGCUGCACUGCGCCGAAUCCAGCCUGAGCAAGUUCUGGAUGGACAGGCUGCGCGUUGCGGAAGCUCUUGGACACUUGAUCUCCUUGAUGACCUUGGUUCGUGAGAUGUUCCAAUUGCUGUAA